AUGCCCUCGGAAUCAAGCUUCUGGAUUGUGAGUGUCCCCGUGUCGGAGGAAAAGAGCAGGGAGCAGAUGAUCAAAGAUUUGCGGUCGCGACUUGUCAAGGAUAAUGCGAUUGCGCCGAGUGAGAUUGCGGGCGUGCCGUUCCCCGACUUUACAACCGGUACACUGGAGUCACUGAUCUCGCUUGCAGACGAGCUGCCGAAAAACGAUGCAUUUUUUGCAUCUGUGCUUUCGCGCAUUGUUGAUACGCUGCGUGCGCUGUUCAAUGACGACGAGCAAGCGCUCAACGAACAUUUGGUCAUUGACGGGGAGAGCGUAGGCGACUAUGUCAUGAACUGGCACUGGGACGCAAGCAAGUACCGUGCAGACCGGCAGUUGCCUGAGCUUGUGGAAAUGCUGGAUAAGGAAAUGCACUCGAUCGAUAACGUCAUGAAGCAAAAGCUCACGACGUACAACGGCGUCAAGGGCCAGUUGCAGCAGCUCGAGCGCAAAAAAAAUGGCAAUAUUUCCGUACGUUCGCUCGCAGAUGUGGUACACAAGGACGAUAUUGUAGACCCGAACUCGGAAUUUUUGGAAACGCUGCUCAUCGCCAUUCCCAACACCCAAGUAAAAGCGUGGCUCUCCACUUACGAGCACUUGACCAAGUUUGUCGUGCCGCGCUCUUCGUCCAAGAUUUGCGAGGACAGCGAGUAUGCAUUGUUUAAUGUCACCAUAUUUAAGCGUGUGCACGACGAGUUUGUGCAAAAGGCGCGCGAGCACAAGUUUCAGGUGCGCGAAUUUGCCUACGACGAGGCGCAGAUGGAACGUGAGCGACAAGAGCUGGAGGAGACGGGCGCCUCGGAGAAGGAGCUUUGGACCGAGCUUGUGCGGCUGAGCCGGACCAACUUUGCAGAUGCGUAUCAAGCCAUGAUCCAUUUCAAAGUGCUGCGUACGUUUGUUGAGAGCGUGUUGCGGUUCGGUCUGCCUGCAGACUACGUCGCCUCUGUCCUGUGCCCGAAUGCGGGCCGUGCGACGCAGCUCAUCAAGGCACUCAAUAGUGAGUACUCGUAUCUCCAAGAGUAUGCCAGGUACAGCUCCAAAGACACGAGCAACAGCGCGCCGCAAGACACGCCAGGCGAAUUUGCGAAUCUCUUGGAGCAAGAAGUCUUCCCAUUCGUCCUCACGGAACAGCCUAUAAUCAUUGCAUAG